AUGUCCUGCGAACAUUAUUCAAACAACUGCCUGGUUAGAUUUGAGUGCUGCUCAAGUCUAUAUCCAUGUAGGCUCUGCCAUGAUAAGGCAGAGGCCCAUAGAGCUAACAGAUAUGAGGUUUCCCAGAUUGUAUGUGGCACCUGUAAUCUGUUGCAGCCAAAAACUCAAACAUGCUUACAGUGCCUUGCAGCUGUAUCCAAGUACUUCUGCUCCAAGUGCAAUCUGUGGGAUAGCUCGGAUGAUCAGAUCUUCCAUUGUGACGGAUGUAAUGUCUGCAGAAGAGGAGAUCCUAAGUCGUCUUUCCAUUGCGACAUUUGCCAGACAUGUCUUGUUACUAGAGGCCCAAGGGACCACACCCAUGUGGAGAACACUGCUUCUGGGAAUUGUCCUAUAUGUGCAGAGGAAAUGUCUGAAAGCAUGGAGGUUCUUGUUCUUCUCAGGUGCGGACAUUCCUUGCACGAAAGGUGUUUCAACGAGUUUAUAAAGGAAACCUACACUUGCCCCAUGUGCUCCAAGCCGAUAGGAGAUACGUCCAUCAUUAACAGGAAGGUCGAGUGCCUCCUUGGGAUGGAGCCCCCAAGCCCCGAGCAGAGUCCGAAGAAUAUUGCUAAGUGCACCAACUGCAACAAUCUGUCGAAGUGUGGGGCUAUACAAAACAAAUGCCCUUUUUGUGGUCUCCGAGGCGUGGUAGAUGCGGCCCAGGAGAAAAAUGUAAAGAGCCAGUGCCUGAAGCCGGAAGAAUAA